AUGCAAGACACAAGCACAGGGAAGGGGGUAUGUCAGGUGGAUGAUGCCUUUAAGGCAGGUAGGACUACAGUGCUGCAGGCAGCCUUGCACUGGAGGCCGGCUGCUGGCGAUGUUGCUGGAUCAAACAGUGAGGCUGAGAGAGCCGCCGCUAGUCCAACACUGGGCUCCGCGGAGGGCGAGACAGGUCGCCAUUUCAAACUAACAAAUAGCCCCAGCAACUCUCUCACCCUCAACAACCACAGUAGCCCCAACAACUCUACCAUCCUCAACACACAAAGUAGCCCCAACAACUCUCCCACCCUCAACAGACAUAGUAGCCCCAGCAACUCUCCCACCCUCAACACACACAGUAGCCCCAACAACUCUCCCACCCUCAACAACCAUAGUAGCCCCAACAACUCUCCCACCCUCAACACACACAGUAGCCCCAACAACUCUCCCACCCUCAACAGACAUAGUAGCCCCAGCAACUCUCCCACCCUCAACACACACAGUAGCCCCAACAACUCUACCACCCUCAACAACCAUAGUAGCCCCAACAACUCUCCCACCCUCAACAGACAUAGUAGCCCCAGCAACUCUCCGACCCUCAACAACCACAGUAGCCCCAGCAACUCUACCACCCUCAACACACACAGUAGCCCCAGCAACUCUCCCACCCUCAACAACCAUAGUAGCCCCAGCAACUCUACCACCCUCAACACACACAGUAGCCCCAACAACUCUCCCACCCUCAACAACCACAGUAGCCCCAACAACUCUACCAUCAUCAACACACACAGUAGCCCCAACAACUCUCCCACCCUCAACAGACAUAGUAGCCCCAGCAACUCUCCCACCCUCAACAACCACAGUAGCCCCAACAACUCUACCACCCUCAACACACACAGUAGCCCAAGCAACUCUCCCACCCUCAACAACCAUAGUAGCCCCAGCAACUCUACCACCCUCAACACACACAGUAGCCCCAACAACUCUCCCACCCUCAACAACCACAGUAGCCCCAACAACUCUACCAUCCUCAACACACAUAGUAGCCCCAACAACUCUACCAUCCUCAACACACAUAGUAGCCCCAACAACUCUACCAUCCUCAACACACAUAGUAGCCCCAGCAACUCUACCACCCUCAACACACACAGUAGCCCCAGCAACUCUACCAUCCUCAACACACACAGUAGCCCCAGCAACUCUACCACCCUCAACACACAUAGUAGCCCCAACAACUCUACCAUCCUCAAGUACCACAGUAGCCCCAACAACUCUACCAUCCUCAACACUCACAGUAGCCCCAGCAACUCCUGUAACACUAACAAUCACAAGAUCUAUUAG